CGAACUCGAUCUCCCCCGAAGCACGAUGCAUUACUGAGUCGCUGUUGCCCGAGUCGCCCCGAGCGAGCGAGCGAGCGAGCGAUCAUCGCUCGCCGAGGAGAGUCGGAACGAUGCUGGACGGCUUGCUCGGUCGCGGCUUUGCCUCCAAGUGUAAAUCGUUGAUUAAGAUGACGCAGUCGAGGAUCUAUGUCAUACGGAGGAAGAGGCAGGCGACACAGAAGUUCCUGAAGAAGGAUAUGGCCGAUCUCCUCGUUAAUGGCCUCGAUAUCAACGCUUACGGACGGGCCGAAGGACUUCUGGUUGAAUUGACACUCUCAUCAUGCUAUGAUUUUGUCGAGCUUUGUUGUGAGUUCUUGUUGAAGCACAUGUCAACAAUCCAAAAACAGAGUGAAUGCCCAGAGGAAUGUCGAGAAGCUGUAUCCUCGCUGAUGUUUGCUGCUGCAAGAAUUUCUGAUUUGCCAGAGUUGCGUGACCUUAGGAACAUUUUCCAAAAGAGAUACGAAAAUUCCUUGGACUGUUUCAUAAAUCAAGAGUUUUCCAAUAAAUUAUCUGGAAACCCUUCUACACUGGAAAAGAAAGUUAAGCUAAUGCAAGACAUAGCAUCAGAGUUUUCAAUAAGGUGGGAUUCAAGGGCUUUUCAACAACAAAUGUCCAGAACCUCUUUGACUGUCCAGGAACAACCUAAAGAUCACGGACUUCUUUCCCAUGCUACUGAUUAUUCUAAAUUAACGAAUGCCAAGUAUAUACCUUUAAAAGGAGAGAAGCUGAAUUUCCCCCCAAAGCAAAGUUUUGAAGAAGUGGAUGAAGGGCAGAGAUCCCGCAAUAAUAUGGAAGCCAAUGGCUUUAGAAGAAAUGGCCUCAAUCCUCAACCAAAGCUUGAAUCAACCAGCAACAAGUGGAAUGAGUCCAAGGACGUUGUUAUCUCGAGGAAAGAUGAUCAUGUUACCCAACAAGGAAGGCCUGGUCUAGCCUCUUAUGAAACUGAGGAGGGUACUAGCUUGAAACAAGUUAAAUCCGUUGCUUCAUCUCAUGGAAGACGGCAUAAGGACAGUAAUGGUACUCCACGAGGAAGGGUUGGUCACGGCUCUUACAAAAUUGAGGAGGAUAGUAGCCGAGAACCAAUGAAAUCCGGCGCUUCAUCUCAUGAAAGAGGAUAUAAAGACACUGAUGGUGGAUUGAAGCACCACAACAGAAGGGAGAGAACUGUUCUAGAAAGGGAGCACAGGGAUGUUUCACUCCACUGGAAUCAAGGCACACUGCCUAAUUCUGCCGGAACCUACAUAAAGACUGAUGUUAAGGGUGCCCCAUCUGUGAAUGACAAUAAUGGCAAUGAAGACCAUGCUGCUAACUCAUUGAGAAAGGCCAAGGGAGAAGAAAUAGAAAGGCCCUACUGCAAAAGUCCCCUGCCACCUCCUUAUGUUAAGCCAAAUGGUAAACCUCCGAAGGAUGGCAAGUAUGGAUCCAACUCGGAGUCUAUUUUUGAAGGCUCGAAAGUUCCUUCGACACCUAAAACCGAAAUUCCUGGUCCAUUUUUUCAGAAAGUCCGUUUAGAUUGUCCUGAUGAUCGGCGAAAGGACGUUGGGCCUGCAAGAGUGACAAGUCAUGGUGAUAAUAAACUGUUCCCUGACCAAGAUAACAUGCCUGGUUAUCCCAUCCCAAAACCAAAAUCCGUUAGGAGGAAACAUUCAAAAUCACGAUCUGCUCAUGACGAGAUUAAUUACGAGGAUGCUCAUACUGGAAGAAGACCAUCGAGGAGUAGGAGAAAAGAUGAUUCAAGACGUGGCCUGCAGAUACUGUUUGAUGAUGAAUGUGACCAGAAAGAUGAGGAGGAAAGGAUCAUUGACAAGCUGUUGAUGCACUACAGUAAGAAACCUUCUGCCCAUGAACCUGGAAAAGUGAGAAGAAAGAGUAGAAGCCGUCAUGCCCAUGGUUCGGGAACUGAUAUUGGUGGAUCCCCAGUUGAUAGUAACAGGCCUAAGUACGAUGAGGAUUCGGAAAUUGUUUCACUUCCUCCACGAUCAGUGUCCCUCCCGCGUGAACAAAGAACAGCCCCAUCAGAGCCAGCCAAGGUUUUUGCUCGUGCCACUUCAUUUCAGCCUGACAGACCCAACCCGGCUCGGCACGUGCACCCGAACUUGCCAGAUUAUGAUGAUUUGGCAGCUCGACUUGCAGCCUUAAGAGGAAGUUAAAGCAGAUCCAUAGGCAUACUCUCUACUAUGACACACUGUCCUUGGUUACGUCAGCAGAAUGAUACUCUCUAGCUGGACACUGUCCCGGGGUGCGAAGACUCGCUGCCUACAUCGCCACCCAGUGUGUUCUACCACUGCACAAAGAUAUCAUCAGCAAGUUUACACGCCGAGUACCAUCGAGCAAAGUGCCUCCACGAGAUUCUUUUAACACAUUGGAUUGUACUUAAAUCUUAAAGCAUUUGGAUUUGCAAGAGGCGAACUCACUUUUCUCCUUAGUGACCUACCUUUCAGUUAUUCCACGAACCCGAGUGUUGAGGGAAAAUGAUGCUGUGGUAGCGUUUCCGUAGGAUCUCAUGAUAUGGGACUAUGUUCUGCUGAUUGAUAUAUACAGGAUCGACGUAGAGUUGAUUGUGCCA